CACCGACCCUGUUUAUGUUGGACGCGUUCGAGCCCCGCCCCUGCAGGACGCACUGAUAUCACGCAGUUGCGUAAUUUGACGAAGCCAAGCGCAACACAAAAAAAAAAAAAAAAAAAAAAUGGGGAGAAUGAAGGUUUGACAGCCGGCUCGUUCAGCUCCACGAAAGAAAACCCCCACAUAUAUGCUUAAUACUUAAUUUGCGAGUGCUAUAUUUCGGGCAGCUCCUCCGGUUCCUGAUGUCCGCCGCCGCCGUGAGGAGCCUCGGUUGGGUCUCUGCGGGGCAGGACGACCGAGUGAGACGCGACGAUCCCGGACAAGUGCUCGGUCGCACCAGGGAUGCCGUCCCGGGAGCUUCCUCUUUCCACGAUUAUAAUCCGUUUAAGUCAGAGAUGGACAGCUACCUGUCUCCACACCAGCAGUACACGGCAAACUCCAAAAUGCUGUGCAGGGACACAGGGACCCUGAUGCAAGAGCCGCCUUUUGCAGAGGACUUUGGCCCCCCGUACAGCGUCAACAUGAGCCUGCUCCUUCCCGACGUCACGUACCUGCACCCGGGUCUCUGCAGGACUGUGAGGCAGAUCAAAACGGAGCCUUCGCACUCUCUGAUGCCGCCCAGCUGUCAGGGCAAUGGAGGGCCGCCGCCACCCACGACACUCCCAGAGUACCCGGGGGGGUUCGGUGCAGCCGACGCAGCGAGCGGUAGAUUUUUCAUCAAACAGGAAGUGCCAGAUUUCCAGGAUGUGCCCCUGUUCCAGCUUCUGAACUCUGACUUGGAGCAGCUUGUUCAUGGGUCCCAGCUGAGCUCCGCCCCCGUGGCCCCUUUGAGUCUUCCAAACGUCAACUCGGGCCCCGCGCAGAGUCCCGCCAAAACCACGAGCAGACCUCAGCGGGACUGUUUGCCAUUUAACCCGCACCCGGGCCAUCAGCAGAGACGGACCUAUCUGCCGCCUUCCCCGCCAAACUCCGACCCCCCCAGUCCGGACAGAAGGAAGGACCCCCUUCACAAUCUGUCCCCGCCUCCCUCCUACCAUGCCAGCGUCGCCUCCAAGUUAACUUUUCAGGCCCGUCACAAUCCCACUCAAGCUCCAAUCCAAAACCCAGACCAGAAUUCCAACGUCGGAUUAGUCCAAAGCCCGGGUCCCGAGCCAGUCGGGCACUCAAGCCUGACGCCAGGUGUGGGCCCGCUGUCCCCGGUGUUGGCCCAGCCGGCUUCCAUUCAGUACAACAGAAGGAAUAAUCCGGAUCUGGAGAGACGGCGGAUUCACCACUGUGAUGUUCCAGGCUGCAGGAAAGUAUACACCAAGUCUUCUCAUCUAAAAGCCCAUUUGCGGACCCACACAGGAGAGAAACCGUACCAGUGCUCCUGGGAGGGAUGCGAGUGGCGCUUCGCCCGCUCCGACGAGCUGACUCGCCACUUCAGGAAACACACCGGGGUGAAGCCUUUCCAGUGCGCCGCGUGCAACCGCUGCUUCUCCCGCUCCGAUCACCUGGCCCUCCACAUGAAGAGACAUCAGAACUAGAAACCCCUGCAAAACCACCCACGAUCUUUUUCUUUUUCUUUCUCAAGAACAGGAACUUGCAAAUCAGCAUCAAACAAAAUUCAAAACUGUGGAUUAAUUCACUCACUCCCCCAGUGGGGACAUUUGUAGCAGUGCUGGCCCACAACUAAUUGUUUCCUGUAUUGUAAAAAGAUUAAAUGGGGCCGUUGACUUAUUUUAUUUCCACAUGUGUGCCCCGAUAUCAGGGGACAUUUGCAAAGAUGUCAGUCAAAAAAAUCACUAGCCCAAUGUAACACUAAAAUAAUUUCAUGCAUUGCGAAGUACGCUGACAACUUCAAAUGCCAGCUUUUUAUUUUUCAAGUUUUUCACUAUACAGAUCAUGUCGACAUCUUGUCAAUUAUUUAAUUAGAGUAAGUGGAGAUGUAGGAUCACUGGGAGGUCAGAGAGUAUGUUGUUUUAGCCAGCAAGGUCAAAGGAUAGGUUGUUUAUGUGUGGGUAAUAUAGGAAGUAACCGCAGUUUUGUGUGGAUAUAUUUAAAGACACAGUAGGAGGAAUAAAUAGUGGAAGGAGCCGUGUGGUGACACUGCCAGGUUUAUGGGUAACUUUGCCCCCGAGGAUAACUCUGAACUAAAUCUACAUUUUCUCAAGCCACUGAAAUGAAAGGAAGACAAUGGGUAUGAGAUAUUAAUUUUAUUUGUUUUAGACAGCAUUAUGAAUGUUUUGUAUCUAUGCUCCUCCUAUAUUGCAACGUAGACGCUGUCAUUACUGGAAGCAUUAAAUAUCUUUCAGGUUGGCGCAUUGACGAAUCUUAAAUGGUGCAUUUUGGAUUUUACGACUUUUAACGAACGCUGUUUGAUUUAUUUAACUAUUGAAGAGGUUUUAACUUAUUUUGACGGGGCUUGUUUGGUCCCAUGUUGACUUCAGCCACGUUUUGUACUAAAAGGUGGGGGAAGAGCAGCUAUGAUUUCAGCGGGACAUUUCAGGAGCAGCUGUUGUGACAAAUUCAGUCUUGCUCGCCUCGACUUUGUAUCGGUUGGAACUGUGGGUUGGUACCUCUAUAACAGGAUUAUCAUAUUACUGAUUUGUCUUUGUGAGUGGUUUCAAAGUGCUAUCUUUUUUUUCUUCUUUUUAAGACCUAGAUUGAGCACCUGCCAGUCUGCACAUCUGUGUUUAGCUUUUGGUUUCUUUGACUGAGAUCCACAUAUCCAAAACAACCUUUUAAGUGCCUUUAACUCUUUAUUUUUGUUUUUUUUUGGGACGAAUGAAAAACCGAACCUCCCCAUUGGGACGAUGUUCUUUUAUCAGGUACUCUGCUUAAAUGAUUGUGUGUGUUGGCUGCCCCUCCUUAAUAUCCACACAUAACAAAUCUCUAUUUAUGACCAACUUUCUUUAAAAUUUGAUUCAGGUUGAACUAAAUCUCUAUAAUUUGUUUAAAUGUGUAAAUAUAUAUAUAUAUUGUAUCUGCUUUUUAAGGAUACAAUCCAUUGGUUGUCUUUGGGUGUAUAAAGAUUUUUAACUUUUGUUUUUAAAGCAGGGACUGUUGAAUAUUAUUCUUAUUCUUAUUCUUAAUAGUUUUGCAAAUAAUAAGAAGGAUCAAAUGAUAGAAUAUUGUUUCAGUCUACACUGUCACCUUCUCCAGCCGUAGCAGCUUAGCGGAGUACAUGCCGGAGAAUUGUUGCAAUACUUUUGAAAUAGACAUGUACAAACAAAUAUUUUGAUGUGACGAUAACGUUGUGUCAUAGCUUCAUAAGAUGUAGCGUAAAUUGAUCAAAAUGUGCUAUGAAGCCAAUGCGACCC